AUGUUUCCGUUCCGAAUUACCAGUCGUAUCUGGGGACGUCUGGCGGCGUGCGAGAUUCCAACUUCGAUGCGGAAUUUUGUAUAUGGAAUUUACGUGAAGUUUUUCAAUGUCAAUUUAAGUGACGCCGCCGUGACCGAUUUGAAAUAUUAUAAGAGUUUGUCUGCGUUUUUUACGCGACCCCUAAAGGAAGGCGCGAGAUACAUAUCGCCAUCGAUAUGCGUUUCCCCAUGCGACGGUGUGGUGCUUAAUUGCGGCCCGGCGGACACUGACAAGAUAGAGCAAGUCAAAGGCGUCACAUACAGCCUGGAGGAGUUCCUCGGCGAGAACAAAUGGUCGAAAAACACCGACACCAACUACUACACUUCGCUGUUGACGGACAAGAGGAAUAUAUUACACCAAUGCAUAAUUUACCUCGCGCCAGGUGACUACCACAGGUUUCACUCCCCUUGCAAUUGGACCUCUAAGUUCCGUAGACAUUUUUCUGGCAAGCUACUCUCCGUGAAUCCGUGGAUGGCGCGGCUUAUACCAGGGUUGUUCACAAUGAACGAGAGGGCAGUUUACGUCGGUGAGUGGAAACAUGGAUUUUUCAGUAUGACAGCCGUCGGUGCUACAAACGUUGGCUCUAUAGAGAUAUACAGCGACCCACACCUCCGGACGAACACAAAAGGCAAACGAAACAGAGUUGACGAGCUGAAUGUUGAAGUAUCUUAUAAUAAAGGUGAAUUGUUUGGGCAGUUUAACAUGGGUAGCACAAUCAUUCUUCUUUUCGAAGCCCCAAGGGACUUCAAGUUUGAAUUUAAAUCUGGUGAUAGGGUGCUUGUGGGUCAGGCCUUGACAAUGGCUGCCGCGCAGCAAAGUAGA